AUGUCUGUCUGUCUUUCAAUCUGUCUGUCUGUCUAUCUGUCUAUCUGUCAGUCUGUGCGUCUGUCUGGAUGUGUGUUUAGCCGUCGCGAAACACGUCAAUUUUGCCGGGUGUGCUUCGGAGGUGCGGCUGCGCAGCUGCAGUUCGUGGAGUUUCCAAUGAAUCGGGCUCAACCUUCGCCACCAUCGCCACCAUCACCACGGCCACCACGCUCACCACGACGGCCGCGGUCUCCUCCGCCACCACCACCUCCACCUCCGCCUCCGCCACCGCCAGUCAAGCCGUUCCUGGCGUAUAAGUAUAAAAAGUACUACUACCUGGCUUCGACCUCCAAGUACACCUACUACGACGCUCAGGACUUCUGCUCGUCCAAGGGUUACAAGCUUGUCCCGUACAAUGAUUGGGAUCUGCUCGCUCCCACCACCAAGCUGUGCUACUCGAACGGCAAGGGCUGCUGGGUUAAGGGAGUGGAGGGCACCUACUGCGCGUACAUCGACCCGGCUGGCAACAAGGGUCCGUUCGCCCGACCCUGCAAGGAGAAGCACUACGCCGUGUGCUACGGCACCAAGAAACCCUACUGA